AUGUCUACUUUUGCUAAACCAGAGAAUGCUUUGAAACGGGCUGAAGAAUUAAUAAACGUUGGUCAAAAACAAGAUGCACUUCAAGCUCUUCAUGAUUUAAUUACAUCAAAGAGGUACAGAGCAUGGCAGAAAACACACGAAAAAAUGAUGUUCAAGUACACCGAGCUGUGUGUUGACAUGAGGAGGGGUAGAUUUGCCAAAGAUGGUCUCAUCCAGUAUCGAAUAAUAUGCCAACAAGUUAAUGUAAAUUCAUUAGAGGAAGUCAUAAAGCACUUCAUGGAUCUUUCAACCAAGAGGGCUGAGUUGGCACGUACACAGGCUGAAGCUUUAGAGGAAGCUUUAGAUGUUGAUGAUCUUGAAGCUGACAAAAGACCAGAAGAUCUAAUGUUAAGCUAUGUCAGUGGUGAAAAGGGAAAAGAAUGCUCUGAUAGAGAGCUUGUGACUCCAUGGUUCAAGUUAUUAUGGGAGACUUAUAGAACAGUUCUUGAAAUCCUGCGAAACAACUCCAAGUUAAUGGUACUUUAUGCAGAUACAGCACAUCGUGCGUUUCAAUUCUGCAAACAAUACAAAAGAACAACUGAGUUUCGUAGGCUUUGUGAGAUCAUCAGGAAUCAUCUUGCUAACUUAAACAAAUACAGAGAUCAAAGGGAUAGACCUGACCUAAAUGCCCCUGAAAGUCUACAUUUUUAUCUUGAUACAAGAUUUGAGCAACUCAAAGUUGCAACUGAGCUGGAACUUUGGCAGGAAGCUUUUCGAUCUGUGGAAGAUAUUUAUGGGCUAACAAGCAUGGUGAAGAAAAUGCCUAAAUCGUCCCUGAUGGCUAUUUACUAUGCAAAAUUGACUGAGAUCUUUUGGAUUUCAUCAAGCCAUUUAUACCAUGCGUAUGCAUGGUUUAAUCUUUUUCAACUUCAAAAGAGUUUUAAUAAGAAUCUGAACCAGAAAGAUCUGCAGUUGAUUGCAUCAUCAUUUUUGCUAGCUGCACUUUCAGCUCCUCCAUAUGAUCACCUUAAAACUGCUUCUCAUUUGGAACUUGAGCAUGAAAAAGAACGCAAUCUCAGAAUGUAUAAUCUUAUUGGAUUCAAUAUUGAUGCAAAGAUUGAGACAAGAGAUAUGCUUUCUAGGUCAUCUCUUCUUGCAGAUCUGGUUUCAAAAGGGGUGAUGACAUAUGUAACCCAAGAAGUGAAGGAUCUAUACAAUCUUCUAGAAAAUGAAUUUCUGCCAUUGGAUUUGGCAUCAAAAGUAGAGCCAUUGUUGACAAAGAUAGCAAAACUUGGGGGGGAAAUAUCAUCAGCUUCUUCUGUUCCAGAUGUGCAGCUUUCUCAGUAUAUUCCUGCUUUGGAAAAAGUAGCCACCUUAAGACUGCUACAACAGGUGUCCCAAGUAUACCAAACAAUGAAAGUUGAGACUUUAUCAAAAAUGGUUCCUUUCUUUGACUUCUCAGCUGUAGAGAGGAUCUCUGUUGAUGCUGUGAAGCAUAAUUUCAUUGCUAUGAAAGUUGACCACAUGAAGGGUGCAAUCAUUUUUGGUGAUUUGGGUUUUGAAUCUGACAUUCUACAAGACCACUUGAGUGUUUUGGCUAUAAAUCUGAAUAAAUCAAGGUCCCUAAUAUACCCUUCUCAGUCCAAAGCAUCAAAAUUGAGUGCUAUGCUACCAAGAGUGGCAGAUAUUGUAGAUAAAGAGCACAAAAAGCUUCUUGCUCGUAAAUCAAUCAUUGAAAAACGAAAAGAAGAACAAGAACGACACCUUCUUGAAAUGGAACGAGAAGAGGAGACAAAAAGAAUAAAGCUGAAGAAGAAAACCGUAGAAGCAGAACAAAAAAGACUUGCAACCGAGUUUGAAGAAAGGAAGCACCAACGAAUCCUUAGGGAGAUUGAGGAACGUGAGCGUGAAGAAGCACAAGCUUUACUAAAUGAUGUUGGAAAACGAGAGGUGACAAAGCAGUCAUUGAUGGAGCUAGCAAUGCAGGAGCAAGUUAGAGAGAGGCAGGAAAUGGAAAAGAAGAUGCAAAAACUAAUCAAGACUAUGGAUCACUUUGAAAGGGCAAAAAGGGAAGAAGCUGCACCUCUCAUUGAAGCUGCUUUCCAAAGAUGUUUAGCAGAAGAUAAACUCCGCCAUGAACGCGACCAACAGGUUGAGUUGAGCAGAGAGCGUCAUGAGGGAGAUCUGAAGGAGAAGUAUAGACUUGCUCGUCUUAUGGAACAUAAGAUGGAACUUGAAGAAAGAGUUGUGAGGAGCCGAAUGGCAGAGUUUGAUAGAAUGAGAGCGGAGAGAGAGGAAAGAAUUGGUCAAAUCCUCAAGGCACGAAAAGAGGAAAGGGACUUAAAAAGGAAAAUGUUUUAUUUGAAAACUGAAAAAGAAAGUCUCAACAGGUUGCUUGAGGAAGAAGAAACCCGUAAACGGGAAGAGGCUGAAAAGCGUAAGAAAGAGGAGGCUGAAAAGAGGGCAAAGUUAGAUGAAAUACCUGAAAGACAAAGGAAAAGAGAACAAGAACUGGAAGAAAGAGAAAGGCUCAGAAAGGAAGCUAUCUUACGUGGAACACCACCACCACUCAAUGGCCCAACCAGGCCCUCUGAGCUUCCGGCUGUCGGAGUUUCCGCUCCGGCAGCAGCGGCGGCAGCACCAGCUGCAGCUGGUGGAGGAUCUGGUGGUGGGAAAUAUGUUCCCAGCUUCCGUAGAGGUGGGGCGGCAGAGACAAGGGCGGCACAGCCUGAUAGGUGGGGGAGUGGGAAGCAGGAGGAGCGUGAGGUGGCUCCACUGAGCGACAAGUGGCGGCCGUCUUCAUUUGGUGGUGGUGCUAGUGGUGGAGGAGGAAAGAGUUGGUCUUCAUCGAGUUGCAACGACCCGAACCCGUUUCCCGACCUUCCCUCGCCCUACGAAUUCAUAAACCCUUCUUCAACCCUCUUCAGUUCAAUCAACUUCUCUGUUCUGCAAAAUAUGAGUUCACUCGCUAUGAAGCUCACAAGAUCGUUACGCGUCUCUAUCCCUUCCCAAUCCAGCCGUCCAUUAGCAGUGGGCGCCCAAGGAAUCUGGAAGAAGUUUUACUCAUCUUCUGCUCCGUUCGACAGUGCUGACGAGGCAGAUGGUAAUCCAGCUGAUACAAUCGAUGAUGAUGAUUUCCUUCCCCAAAAGCCGGAGCUACAAAUGCAAGGGGUUGAUCCCAGAAAGGGUUGGGGGUUUCGUGGUGUGCAUAAGGCGAUUUUAUGUGGAAAAGUUGGACAAGCACCUCUGCAAAAGAUCUUGAGGAAUGGUAGAACUGUCACCAUUUUUACUGUUGGAACUGGAGGCAUGUUUGAUCAAAGAACAAUUGGAGCCAAAGACUUGCCAAAACCAGCUCAAUGGCAUCGUAUUGCUGUACACAAUGACACACUUGGUGCUUAUGCAGUUCAAAAACUUGCCAAAAACUCUUCAGUUUAUGUAGAGGGUGAUAUUGAAACAAGAGUUUACAAUGACAGUAUUAAUGGUGAAGUAAAAAAUAUACCCGAGAUCUGCAUUCGUCGUGAUGGAAAGAUUCGUCUUGUGAGAUCAGGAGAAAGCAUGACCAGUAUUUCCUUUGAUGAACUACGUGAAGGUUUGAUUUAAAAGACAGUCAUUUUUUACUUGUUUGUAAAAUGGAAUUGACUCAUGGGUCUGAAUGGGUUCAGAAGGUACACCGACCCAAUCAUCAAAGGGUAGGUAAGUAAUUUUGUUGAAACCAAAUUUCUUUUUGUAUUUUAAUUGCUUAUGAUAGCAAAUUGUUUUAAAGACAGACAGAAUGUAGGUUUGAGUUUCUCUAAUCAGGAAUCCUUUAUUUGGCUUGCAAAUAUUUGUUUUUGUAAGAAAUGACAUUUGAUAAAAGAUUGGGAUCUAAAAG